GACUUUUCAUCAGUGUCGUAAACACUAAGCAAAUAAUUGUUAAAUUUGGGCCUAACCCAACCGACGGGCGAUUCUUUAUUGUUGUCCAUGGAACUCUUAGUUAGAAAUUUUCUACAACCCGAUUAAGCCACAACUUCAAUGAGUCUUCUCGACGUAGAAAUUUCAAAAUCCUGACUAAGCUGCAACUUCAACGAAUCUUCUCUAAGAAAAGAUUUUCUACAACCACAGUAACAAAUUCUGAAUUUUCUACAUCAUGCUGUUUCCUUUCCAUGAUAGGAAAAUGUUAUGGACUUAAUAUUCUUGAUAUAUAAAGUCUUUUUCUCCAUCUCUUGUUCACUAAACCAACACCAGUUACAGUAACUUAAACAAAAAGCUGCAAUUUCUAGUGAAUUUUUUUAUUGGAAAUGGGGUGUGGAUGCUUCUGGUCAUGUUUUUACAUCCAUGCUGUUGUUUAUCUCUUGUUCUUUCCAUCAACAACAUAUGCAAUUGGUGGGAAUGAAACUGAUCGGCUAGCUUUGCUUGAAUUCAUGGCCAAAAUAGAUGCUGACCCAUUUGGUGUUCUGAGCUCCUGGAAUAGUUCCGUUCAUUUCUGCCAGUGGUAUGGGGUUACCUGUAGCCGCCGGCACCAGAGGGUCACAGUUUUGGACCUCAAUUCCUUGAAACUUGCAGGCACUAUAUCUCCACACAUUGGAAACUUGAGCUUUCUAAAGGUACUAGACCUUAAAAACAACAGCUUCCGCCAGAAUAUCCCUCCUGAAUUUGGUCGUUUGAGAAGAUUGCAUACACUGUAUCUGUAUAAUAAUUCACUCAGUGGUAAGAUCCCAUCCAAUCUUUCUAGAUGCUCUGAUCUUACUAUUUUAAGUAUUGUAAACAACCACCUAGUAGGAGAAAUUCCUGAGGAGCUUGGCUUACUAUCAAAGCUUCAAUAUCUUUCUAUAUCCUGGAACAAUCUAUCAGGAAAUAUCCCUCCUUCUCUUGGCAACUUGUCUUCUCUUGGUACUCUUUCUGCAGCUUUAAACAAUUUUGUUGGGAAUGUUCCUGAAGCUCUUGGAAAACUUAGAAAUCUGACCUUUUUGGGCCUUGUUAUGAAUCAAUUGUCUGGUACUAUCCCUUCCUUAAUCUUCAAUCUUUCUUCUAUCAAACUUUUGGACAUAGCAAGCAACCAAUUUGAAGGAAAUCUCCCCACAGAUUUAUUCAUCUCUCUGCCAAAACUUGAGACAAUGAGUAUAGCCUAUAACCAAUUUAGUGGUUCUAUUCCUAAUUCAGUAUCCAAUGCUUCAAAUCUACUUCAUCUUCAGUUGCAGGGAAACAAACUCACAGGGAAGGUUCCUUCCUUGGAAAAGCUCAAUCUUCGUGGGUUUUAUAUUGAUAACAAUCUUCUUGGAAAUGGAGAAUUUGGUGAUUUGGAGUUUAUCUGUUCUCUGACUAAUGCCAGCAUUUUGUACGAGUUGUUUAUAAACAAGAAUAACCUUGGAGGAGAAAUACCUGAGUGUAUUGGCAACUUGUCAUCCAAUCUUGCAAUAUUGUCCCUGCAUCAGAAUCAAAUAUCUGGAAAAAUUCCAGAUGGUAUUGGGAAUCUUGGGAACUUGGAAUCCAUAGAGGCGUAUAAGAACAAGCUUUCAGGCAUCAUUCCCCCAAGUAUUGGAAAUCUGCAAAAUCUAGUGAAAUUGAUUUUGGAUGAAAACAAGAUCUCAGGACCUAUUCCAUCCUCUCUUGGAAACCUAACAAGUUUAAAUAGACUUCAUUCUGCUGACAAUGACCUUCAGGGCACCAUCCCCUCAAGUCUAGCUGACUGCAAAAAUUUGCAAGUGCUAGAUUUUUCUCGAAACAAUCUUACUGGCACCUUACCCCCACAGGUUAUUGGACUCUCAUCCUUGUCAAUUUAUGUGGGUUUUGCUCAAAACAAUCUCAGAGGCUCUGUUCCAAGAGAAGUAGAAAAUUUGAAAAACCUGGGUAUCUUAGAUGUCUCUGAUAACAAGUUGUCAGGUGAGAUACCAAGCAGUCUGGGGAGCUGUAUAAGCCUAGAGUACUUAUACAUGCAAGGGAACCAAUUCCAAGGGCCAAUUCCUUCAUCUCUGAGUUCAUUGAGAGGUCUUCAAGUUCUGAAUUUGUCAUAUAACAAUUUGUCUGGCCAAAUUCCUGAAUUUUUGGCAGGGUUUAGUUUUAUAUAUCUUAACUUAUCUUUCAAUAAUUUUGAAGGCAGAGUGCCAACAGAUGGGAUAUUCAAGAAUGCAAGCAUUGUUUCAGUCACAGGAAACUCUAAGCUUUGUGGAGGCAUACCUGAGUUUCAACUGCCUGCAUGCAACUUCAAAAGGUCUGAAAAAAGGAGAGUUAAGGUAAUUGUUGGUAUUAUUGCAGGAGGUUUAGGAGCAAUUUUGGUGGUGUUGUCCUUUAUAUUUCUUUUGAGAUUAAGAAAGAAAAGUCACAAACCCACUUCAUCCUAUUCAGAAAAUUCACUUUUGGAGCUUCCAAAAGUGUCAUAUAGAGAUCUCUAUAAGGCCACUGAUGGGUUCUCCUCAGUAAAUUUAAUUGGUACUGGUAGUUUUGGGUCCGUAUAUAAAGGAAUUCUUGAUGAAGGUGGACCAGUUGUUGCUGUUAAAGUGCUUAACCUCCAGCAUCAUGGAGCAGCUAAGUCUUUCAUGGCUGAAUGUGAAGCCUUGAGAAAUAUCAGACACCGGAAUCUUGUAAAGAUACUAACUGCUUGUUCAGGUGUUGAUUAUCAAGGCAAUGAUUUCAAGGCACUGGUUUAUGAGUACAUGGAUAAUGGAAACCUUGAGGAGUGGUUGCAUCCACCAGUUUCAGCAGAUAGAAAUCAUGGGGAGUCUAAGAAUCUAAAUCUUCUUCAGAGAGUAAAUAUUGCAAUUGAUGUUGCUUCUGCAAUUGAAUAUCUCCAUCAUCAUUGCGGAAAUCCAAUAGUUCAUUGUGAUCUCAAACCGAACAAUGUUCUACUUGAUGGUCAAAUGACUGCUCAUAUUGGUGACUUCGGACUAGCCAAAUUCCUCUUGGAAAACAUGCAUAACAAUUCUACAAAUCAAUUCAGCUCUAUUGGAUUACGAGGAACUAUUGGUUAUGCCCCUCCAGAGUAUGGAUUAGGAAGCGAAGUUUCAACCUAUGGAGAUGUUUAUAGUUAUGGUGUUCUCUUGCUGGAGAUGUUUACAGGCAAGAGACCCACAGAUGACAUGUUUAAAGAAGGUUUGAAUCUUCACAAAUUUGCAGAAUCAGCUUUACCAAAUAGAGUGAAUGAGAUUGUAGAUCCAAUUCUCUUUCAAGAAAGCCAUUCAGAUAAACCCAUGAAUGGAAGAUCUAAUAGAAUCAUGAUGGAAUUUUUGAUUUCCAUAGUUGGAAUUGGAAUUGCUUGCUCUGCUGAAUUGCCAGCAAACAGGAUGGACAUCAAUGAUGCUGCCAAAAAGCUCUGUUUGAUCAGAGACAAGUUAAUGGCCCCUGAUGAAGAAAUCUACACCUAAGACAGCAGGCACAGAAGAUUGAUGGCUUAUCUAGAAAGUGUCAUUUUGUUCUCCUGCCAAGAAUGUGAUGGUUAAGAAGAAAGGUUUUAGAUGAGCAAAUUUUUAUUUUUCAUUUAUUAACCUGCAAUUUUAUGCAUGAAAUGUCUGUAAUCUGAGCAAAAGAAAUAAUCAUGUAGUAAUUUACUGUUACAUGAAUCACUUUGCAAAUUAACCCUCUGCACAUUGAUUCUAAUGAAUGUGUGCUUGGUGGUGAUAAGUUUAUGAAAUUAUAAAGAAAUAUCACAUGAUGAUAGAAAAGAUACCAACAAUUAGAAUAGCAUGCUUAAAAGAAUAUGCAAUUACAAGAAGUCACUGCUUCCAUCUGAUUACAAAGAACAAACAGAACAUAUCCAAUCAUUUAAUGGUAAACCUUUUUUUAUUUAUUUGGCUUGAAUCUGGAAACUAUCCAAGUAGCACUCAUUGCUUAUCAUGCUUCUUAAAUUAGGAACAAUGCAAAGAGCCUCUUUAAAAGAUAUAGCAAAGGUAACAGCAAUAAUUUAGAAGGGAUAAAUCCAAUAAUGGGAACUCUUAAUGAGAACCUCAACAAGUUUAUACAUACCUCUCAAUUUUUAUCCAUGCAAACAAUUUCAAGACCAAUCACGUAUCUUACCAAAUUCUCCACAGGAAUGUCAAAAUCCUCAGGAAAUAAAUAGCAAGCCCGGAACGUAAACUUGGCUUCCUCAUCCCGCAGGUAGUCAUAGCUUAAUUUAAGGAUCUUAUACACUUUAUCAUUUACGUCUUCAAUGUUCAAAGGCUGAGCUUGUUAGGUUCUAGAGCUGCCUCUUCCCAUUCUUCCAAGUCUUUACGUUUCAUUGCCCUCCCAACUGUCACAAUUGCUAAGGGCAAGCCUCCACAUUCUUCGCAAAAUCUCCUUUGCCACCGAGUCCAUUGUGGAGAUGACUCAAUCACAUCGCCGGCAGGUCUCUUUAGCAAGCACCAGGAUUCUUGUUCAGAUAGAACACCCAAUUCGAUGAUCUUUGUAGACUCAAUUCUUUGUAGCUUUUAUUAUUUGAUCUUGCUCCUUGAGAGUCUCAAUGUUCCUACAGUAGUGAAUACAGUAGCCAAAUUGACGCCAAUUGGCUCAACAAAACACUCUCCAAUUUUUCCCAAGAUGGAAAACAGAACUUCCAUGGCUAGGUUGAGAAUUCUUGCGGACUAGGACCAGAGGAA